GAGGGGCGCGGGAGUAACGUGGCUUUCCGUUUCUCUCUCCAGCAGCACCUGUGUGACCAGACCACGAUCCGCGGCUGCCACUUCGCUUCCAGUCGAAUAUCUGCUGCUCCUCCACUGCAGUUCGGUUCGGUUCGGUCCAGAUUUCCUCUCCUGCCCGCCUCUCUUUCACUUGCCGCAGCCGGCUGCUCACUGCUGAUCAGUUUGGGGACCGGAGACGCCGGCGGAGAGACCCGGAGAGGAGUAUGACUGCAGCGGAUCUGUGUCAGCUCCUUGUCCUGGUCUGGAGCGCGGGAUUGUCCCGAUCCUGAUGUAUGCUGGACUUGUUGCUGCUGGUGGAAGUGGACUCGGUGUGGAGGGCCAAUACUUCAACACAGCGGGGAGACCGUUCACUGUAGACUGUAACGGAUUUCAUCAAAACUGAAGCUUUUAAAAAGUUUUUCUCUGUUUGGAAGAGAAUUUGUUUUCAAACAAACUGAAUGGGACUUCUGAUGAGGUCAGACUGAUCACGUGUGGAUGUUACGCGCUGAUUCCUGAGCUUUUUCGUUGGUUUUACGCAUCGGUUUGUGCGUAAAAUUGUCCUUUUUCCCGGCGAGACGCGGCCGAUCAGUUCCAUCUGCUGCCAGGCUGUCUGAUGCUCUGUCGCUGCUCCUUUGCUCCGUGAAUCCUCCUCUAACGAGCCUUCGGAAAGCUCCGGGACCAGCAUGGCGGCAGGAGUGGCGGCGUGGCUGCCGUUCGCCCGCGCGGCAGCCAUCGGGUGGAUGCCGGUGGCCGGCGCGCCCAUGCCGGUGCCGCCGAAGGAGAAACACCGCGGGCAGGACGGGCUGAUCAUGCUGAACGUAAGCGGCACAAAGUUCCAGACGUGGCGUGAUACUCUGGAACGGUACCCGGACACCCUGCUGGGCAGCACGGAGCGUGACUUCUUCUUCCACGAGGAGAGCAACGAGUACUUCUUCGACCGCGACCCGGACAUCUUCCGCCACAUCCUCAACUUUUACCGCACCGGGAAGCUGCACUACCCGCGGCAGGAGUGCAUCUCCGCGUACGACGAGGAGCUGGCGUUCUUCGGCAUCAUCCCGGAGAUCAUCGGGGACUGCUGCUAUGAGGACUACAAGGACCGGCGGCGGGAGAACCAGGAGCGGAUCCAGGACGACGAGGAGAUCGACCCGUCCAACGACCUGGUCUCUGCGGACAUGAGCUUCCGGGAGAGUAUGUGGCGGGCUUUUGAGAACCCGCACACCUCCACCAUGGCGCUCGUCUUCUACUACGUCACCGGCUUCUUCAUCGCGGUGUCGGUUCUCGCCAACGUGGUGGAGACGGUACCGUGCGGCACCGUGCCGAACCGCGUCAAGGAGGUGUCGUGCGGUGAUCGUUACGCGCUGGCCUUCUUCUGCCUGGACACCGCGUGCGUCAUGAUCUUCACAGUGGAGUACCUGCUGCGCCUGUUCGCCGCGCCCAGCCGCUACAAGUUCGUCAAGAGCGUCAUGAGCAUCAUCGACGUGGUGGCCAUCAUGCCAUACUACAUCGGCCUCGUCAUGACGGACAACGAGGACGUGAGCGGCGCCUUCGUCACCCUGAGAGUAUUUAGGGUGUUUCGGAUUUUCAAAUUCUCGCGGCACUCCGCGGGACUUCGCAUCCUAGGCUACACCCUAAAGAGCUGCGCUUCGGAACUCGGCUUCCUGCUUUUCUCCCUCACCAUGGCCAUCAUCAUCUUCGCCACCGUCAUGUUCUACGCAGAGAAGGGAUCCAGCGCCAGCAAGUUCACGAGCAUCCCGGCCGCCUUCUGGUACACCAUCGUCACCAUGACAACGCUGGGAUAUGGAGACAUGGUACCAAAGACCAUCAUGGGGAAGAUCUUCGGCUCCAUCUGCUCUCUGAGCGGCGUGCUGGUCAUCGCCCUGCCGGUUCCCGUUAUCGUCUCCAACUUCAGUCGAAUCUAUCACCAAAGCCAGAGAGCCGAGAAGAGACGAGCGCAGAAGAAAACCAGGCUUGCUAGAAUUCGUGCAGUGAAGAGCGGAGGGACUAAUGCUUAUUUGCAGUACAAACAGAGGCGGCUGCUGAUUGACCUCGACGAGGAGGCAUCCAAGGAAGCAGGACAGGCACUGGUGUGUAAGACCAACCCCAACUUUGAGGUCCAUCAUCAUCACCUUCUGCACUGUCUGGAGAAGACGACGAACCAUGAGUUUGUGGACGAGAAGACAUAUGAGGCAAGCUGCAAGGAUGCAACCUUGGUCAAGCAGGUGUCUCGCUCUUCCUCCAUCUCCUCCUCUUCCUCACCUCGUGGCUUCACCUCCUGCUGCACCCGCAGGAAGAGGAAGACUUUCAGCAUACCCAACUCCAACAUGUCUGUGGGUCUCCAGGGCAGCAUCCAGGAACUGAGCACCAUCCAAAUCCGAGAGAGACCGCUCACCAACAGUCGUUUGAGCCUGAACGCCAAAUUUGAGGAGACGGUUCCUCUGAACUCUGACCAGCCUUACAUCUCUGGCGCUGUCAUCAGCAUGCCAACACCGCCUGGCACCACGCCCGAAGGUGACGACUCAGCCAGCUCCACCAACUACUCCCAGACCAGCAUUGUCCGGGUGUCUGCACUCUAGAUAACAACAUCCCCCUUCAACCCACCCAGCAGGAGGACAGCAGGGGGGUCAGGGAUUAGGGGUUGGGGUUGACAGCCCCGCACCACAACAGACUCAGAAGGCAGGGGUUUGGAUCACGGGUCCAGGAUGGAAGUGACCGGUUAGCUUGAACAGUUCAAACCUCUUGAGGAGGAAAACAUCAUUCUGUAUGCACUAAAGCUCAGCUAAAGCCUCCUUGGAUUGCAACAGUUUUUCUUUUGUCUUGGAGGGAGGAUUUUUACUCCGGCAGAGAAGAGAAAAUGGUAGCACUUUGGCUGAUGGCUGAUCUCUGCCUGAGAGAACCACCGCUAUUUUUCCAGUCUUGUGUGUCUUUUGAAUUUUAUGUCUAAAAACAGAAUAAAAGCUGACUUUUCCUAAUUCUGACAGCAGUUUAAAGGAAAUGUCUGCUAUUUUGGAAGCACCAUCCUACCAGGGUUAGAUCAUAGAUAUCAAUUUCAGGUGUCAUCAGUCUAGCUUAGCACAAAGAAUGGAAGAGGGGUAAACUGCUAGCAUAGCUCGAUCAACCUCCCGACCAUUUCAAGUCUGUCUGACUUACAAGCUGCAUCUUGUUGCCUAACAGGUCCGCUGACUCUGAACUAGCUGGACCUUAAGGUUAACUUGAUUCACGGCUUUGUCUCCAACUUUACAAGGUGGCAGAAUUAAAGACAAUUAUCUGUAAUGAUAAACAAGCUCUGUUAAGCCAUAGCGAGAAUGGAAUACGUUGAUGUUGCACCAACACUGAGAUGUUGGAAAGCUUUAAAGGAGUUGAACUAACAGUCUUCCAGUGUCUUCCCAAAACUAAAAAUUCUCAUCUUCUAUUUCCAUUUGUGUCAAAUGAACAAGAUAAAACAUGUAACAUGAGAUAGUUUUGAGGUUGCGUCACUUAGAUAGCAGUUAGUCAUCUUCUUGUCUGUCUCUGGUUGUCUUAGCUCUGAACUGUCAGAAAUUUUAUCGCAGUUCUGGACGUCUUUUUCACGUGAACCUUCAGUCAAUCGGAAGAAAUCAUGAACCUGAUGUACCUGAUGAGUAAACAACAAAAGAAAAUGAUGACCAGGGGUCGAAUAGCCCAGAGUCUGCAACACGUUUACUGACUGUAGUCUUCUUUAUACAUAAAUUACAUUGUUUUUGUUUCAGAAGAUUUACAGGGCGUUUUCUCCGCUCUAAAUGUUAAAAGUAUUGAGUGUUCCUUCUCUUUGCUGAGUUUGUAUUUCCAACAUUCAGCCCUUUAUGAAUUUUCACGUCUGGGGAACUGAAAUGAGUUACAUGACCAGAAUAUCACUGAGGAAUUUUAUUUCAUUUUUAUUUGACUUUAUUUCAUUUUGUUUCAUUAUCAUUUUAUUAUUACCAUUAUUUAUUUCUUUACUUAUUUUUUAUUUAUGCUUUAUUUAUGUAUUCAGAUUUGUAUUUAUUCUUCUCUUUGCUUACUUAUUUUUAUUUGACCUCAGUCGUUUCUAAAAUGACCAAACCACAGCGUAACAUCAGGGGUGUUGAGGUCACAAACAGGGCAACUACGGUGUAGUCUUCUGAUCAGGAUCAGGAUACGUAAAGAAAGUGUUUUCAAAUGCAGUGCUUUUCCUUAAUUUAGCUGAUUUAACAGAGGUUUUGUUUUGUACCUGCAGCUCUGAAUUAGAAGGAGAGGAUGAAGAGAACCUUUGAGCAUGUUCACUGUCUGUUUGAGUGCAUGGACCGGUGUGUUUCCACCUGUGUCGGGACGUUCCUCUGCAUGCACACCUGACUGAACGUGUGCUGCUAUUCCAUCAGUUCUGAUCCGUAUGAGCAGGUGGUGCUCUGGUUCUGAAUCUGUAUAUUUAUUAGUUUUUUUACCUGAUCUUUGUGUCAGAGCUGACUGCCUUCCUCUCUGCUGUACAGAAACAUGAACACAUGAACCCUCAUGACAAGUGUUGAUGUCAAUUUGUGAUAAAAAAGAAAUGUUUUUUUCUCAGCACUGGGGCUUUUAUCUUUGUUGUCUUGCGGGCAGAUUUAUUUAACACACAUGUUGCCUAAUGUUUUUAUCCUAAUGUUCUUUGAGCAGGGUUGAAGCACAGCAUCGGGAAGGUUUUACUCUGUUGUAACAGCUGAUUUCAGGGAGAUUAGAGGAUGUUUCAGGAAAUUUUACAUUACUGACACUAUACUGUACUGACAGCUGUUGUCACAAGUUAGAUAUGAAAAUCUGUUAGAGCUGCUAGAUGCAACAGUAACUCCCGCUUAAAACAUAAGAGGUCAGCCUCCCUCCAGUGUGACAGCGACAGUGUCAGCGACUUUUCAUAAGCUGUACCAAACUACUAACUGUUAGAUAAAGGACAUCCUGUGUUGUAUUAGUAUUUUAAAAUUUAGUGACAACUGAGACUUUCUGCCCUUCAAAAAAACUCUGUUGUUGGGUAAAUUCUGUUUACAUAUAUUGUAACGUUAGCUGCCUGUGCACGUCAUUUUCCUGCCCUGUAUGUUGUAGCUAGAUAGCAAUCGAGCACUGACUGUACUGAGUGACAGAUAAAGCUGAUGGUAAAUGAUGAAGCUCAUUACAUCAGCAUUUUAAUCAGGAUCUUUGUGUAUUCAGAGCUGAGUGGCACCUUCUUCUGUCAGUCUGGAUUUAAAGCAUUAGCUAAUGUUAGCUAACAUAGUAUUAGCUAAAGACCGAGAUUUGCAACAGGAUUAAUGCAGAUUAUAUCUGAUACGUGAUUCACCAGCAGUUUGUCAUUAUGACCAGAAGUAAAAUUUAUUAUACUGCUGAUAAAUGUAAUGCUUACAGUAAUGAAAAGUUGAUUUAAAGGUAUGCUGUGCAGGAUUUGUUGAUUGCUGUUUGAAAACACAUCACUGAAAGCUGUCCCGCCUCACAGGCUCAGCAGUCAGUUCACUGGGCAGUGAAUGAGCAAACAUGAAAACAUUAUUUUCUGACUGUUUCACAGUAGUCAUGUUCUGAAGCACAAGUAAAAACGCCCACACGCCUGCAUGGAGGUGCAGCAUUUCUGUAUUUUGUGUGAAUGUUUGUCUGUGCAGAGCUCAGCGCCGUCCUCGGGCAAACAGACGCACAGACCUGCAGCUCUCACAGAGACGGAGACAUGGAUGUGACCUGGUCAAUGUGCUCCCGUCCUCUCACCCUGUGCGCCGCUCACAAAUGUCCCCAGCGCAACAAAAUAAAAGGAAAAUAAAAUACAGAGAUGGAGGCCAGUGCCCGCCAUGGCAUGCCUUUAACACAGUAAUGUAGGUGCUCUCUGCAAUUGUGAGCUACACUAAAUUUGACCUUACUGAUGCUCAACAAAUAUCAAUAUUGUGUCUGUCCGGAGCUGGAGACGGGACGUGAUUAGCCUUUAGCUCUUCUUUUCGUGCGCAGGUUAAACCAAUGACACGUAUGUUGUGAACCUUGUAGGUGUUUCUUUGCAUUAAGUCUAAGAUUUGCACACAGUGAGGCCAACUGUUUCCCCAUGCUUUCAGUCAAAAGGCACAUCCAGGUUAAAGCCGACCUGUACUGAAAGAUUUUUAGUUGUCUGAGUUACACUCAACAUGACAUUGUCCAGUGAUUAUAUUUCAGUUUGCAGUUAGCAUUGUUUACACUGAAAUAUAGUUACUGACAGACCAUUUGAAAAGUGUCGUGAGAUUUGUUUUGUUGGGAAACACUAAACGGUUGUCCGAACUGGUCAGACUCCCGUCUCAAUUGACCGUUUCCCCACUAGUGAACAGAGAUGAACUGAUAUGAAUGCACCUGUUCUUCUCUUAAACGACACACUGUGACUCCGUCCACUCAUUCACCGGGUGGAUUUUCUGGAUUUGUUUUCUGGAUUCGGCUCAUGGAGGUUCGCGGCCCACAGUUGGAUUAAAGUCUCUUGGGAGAAAAGAGUGCAGCAAAUGUGUUCAUGUGAUCUGGUUUUGCUGGAUUUUUGCUCUUUUCCCUGAAACAUUGCUGGACAGCUGAAAUCAAUUCAAUGCUGAUGCAAACAUAUUCAAAAAGGUUUUAGCGCCUGAUAUCUCAUAGUGCUGGAAUUUAACCCUGAAUGUUUUCAAAGCAGAUAGGUUUUGAUUCACUGUUUAUUUUUUAAAAAGCUGCCCUACAUGUCAGAGUGAACAUGCAAAUGAAACCCUGUUAGCAGCCCCUAAACGAAGUCCCCGGUCAUCUGUCACUGCUUGACUAUAAUGUGACAGACUGAAGAAGAGAAAAAUAUAGAAACAUAUUUUUGAGGAUCACAUUCUUGGAUUAUUAUUGUUGCUGUUGUUGUUCUUACUAUCAUUAUUAUUAUUGUUGUUGUUGUUGUUGCUAGUGCCGUAAUCAUUUCUGUUGUAGUAAAUCGUCGUAUUUUUCAUAAUUUCCAUUGAAGUUGUAGUGUCCUCCGUUCAGUUUCCAUAAGGUAAUUUUCUAAAGUGUUGCCACUAUACUACAUGCAUGCGUUGGACAACAUGCAUGGACCAGUCGUCACGUUGGAGACGGGAAGUCAUCGGUCUACUCAAUGUGAACCGAAGAAAUUCUGAGGACGAUGAUGAUAAUAAAAAAAAAUCACUUUUGAUUUAUUACAGCUUGUAUAAUCUUGAUGAAAUAUGAAUUACUGAGGAUAAUAUUUAAAAAGAGAAGCUUCCAUGGUUGCAAUGUCUGAGUAAACAGAAUAAAAUGUUGUCCUAU